GCCCAGAUACUGAUAUUGAUCCCAAACGUCCAGGGUUUAAUGAAAAUGGAUACAUUUUUUCCAUUUGCACUUGUUGGAUACGAGAUUGAUUAUAGCUAAUUCGGUUCUACGCGCCUUGUUAGCUAUUUAUCACCUCAUAUCCGACGUGCGCUCAUGGAUUAAUAGUUAAUUACAUCAAUUACCACUUUUCAGUUCUUGUUAUGAGCAAGAAAUACGCAUUUUAUAUAAUUGGACGUUAAGAGAGGGAGAAAGUUCAAGAACUUAUACAAAUAGUCCAAUCGAUCGUAUUUUCAGAACAUGUAAAUACGUUGUAUAAAACUGGAAAGAAAAUUCAUCUUUUUUCUUUUCUAUGACAACAUAUAUUAGUUAUUCAGAAAUGUGGCUUUUUUGUCUGAAAACCAAUAUUCUAAUAAAUCUCCAUUUUUUCUGGUGCCAAAAUUUUGCUUUCGGUAAAGGAGAAAUAUAGGAGUUGUUUACUUUCUAAAUGUGCGAGGAGCGAUUCAGUCGUAAACACAUGGCAAAAAUUUUUAACUGGAAGAUAUUUGUCUCUUUAGUUGGCCUUGUAAGUUUUUUCUCGUUUUUCUAUCAGACAAUACUGCUUCUUAAUCAUUCAGCUAAACAUAUUCCGAUCAGUUCUUCACUAUUUCGCAAUAAAAGCUUGUUAGGAAAGCGCCAUGAUGAUAACAACUUCGUAGCUUGCAAGCUUCCCGAAUUGGAUCCGUUUCACCCUAGUGUGAUUCAUUUUACUAAGGACUUCGGUAAGCUGCGUUGUAAUGGUGCUAGUUAUUCAAGCUUCGAGAACAAUGUCCUUCGAGUUGAAGGCACUGGAGUCGUUUCCGUGCAAUACAGAACGAUCCAAAGGCCUUUGGGGGACGAUUUUGGAGUGGUUCUUUCUGAUCCAGUCAGAGUUCGCAACGAGGAAAAGCGUAAUCAAACAGCGUUGCUGACUGGAAAGACGGAGAAAGAGCAAUCAGAGGCUAGAAAGAGAAUUGAUUCAUCUAGACCAGUAGACAACUGGCGUUGGAUCUUUAAAGAGUUUAAAAAGAGUGGGUACGCUACGAUGUUUUCAGAAGAUUCCCCGCAUCUUGCCUCCUUUAAUUAUCGCUUGAAAGGUUUCCACGAUCCGCCCACUGACCAUUACGCCAGACCGUUUUGGCUAGAGGCUUUCCAACUAAUGAUGAAGAGCAAAUUUUGCCUUAACAGUAGGCCUGCUCAUAACGAAUCUCUAAAUUAUUUGAUGAGUUUUUUCCGAAGUUACCAGGACACGCCAAAAUUUGCGUUCUCAUCUCAUGCUGACAUAUCCCACGAUAGCGUAAACACGGUUGGUUUUGCGGACGACGACCUUAAAGCAACUUUAGAGACGAUGCAAAAAGAGUCACUCUUGAAAAACACUUUGUUGAUAAUUUUUUCCGAUCACGGACCACGAUUUUCUGGUUUCAGGAGUACAAUACAAGGGAAACUUGAAGAACGAUUCCCAUUUAUGUCAUUUACCUUGCCGGAAUGGUUUCAAGACGAGUAUCCUGACCUCCAAAGUAACCUUCUUCAUAAUUCCCGCGUUCUUACAUCACCUUUUGAUGUUUAUGCAACUUUACGUCACAUCUUGUCAUAUCCUCAUUACCCAAGGGGGAUUUUAGUUGGGCAAAGCCUGUUUAGCCGGAUAGAUCCAAGGAAUCGCACAUGCGCGAGUGCUGGCGUAGACGAUCAUUGGUGUCCUUGUCUUGACCUAGAAGAGGUUGGCACUAAUGAGUCUGUGGUGAUGGAAUUAGCAGAUUUUGUGGUAUUACAUAUCAACAAUCUGACGUCACAGAAUGAAGAGCUGGUGAAGAUGUGUCGGCGGUUGAAAUUGAAAGAAGUGAACAGGGCAUUCCGCGAAAUGCCCAGUGAAGCCAUGCAAAGGUUUCAGGGUACCACGAGAGAUGCACGAGAUACGUGUGACGGUUGUGGGGUGGUUUUGGGUAAAAAGUCCCGGAAUACCCUCGUUAAAGACACUUUGUAUCAGUUGCAUUUUGUUACAUCUCCCAAUGAGGGAUUUUAUGAAGCUACUGUUAGGAUAGAGAAGGGUGUUCCCUCACUUGUAGGGGACAUAAGUAGAAUCGACGCAUACAAAGACCAACCAUAUUGCAUAAUGGAGGAUUUUCCACUUUUACGAAAGUAUUGCUAUUGCUUUUCAAGAAAAUUAAACAUCUCUAGUCAACGCUAGUUGAAACAAAAAUCAAAAAACUUUUGAGUAUUAUAAAAGAUAAGUCUUUUCCACUCCUCUUUAAAUUCCUUGUGCAAACAUCUUCUAGGCAUGUAUUUAAUUCAUUGACGGCGCAUAUGCCAGGCAGCAUCAGCGAUUAGGUGUAGGAAAAAAGUAGACAAUGAUGGAACAAUAUUAUUUAAAAUCGGUAUCAACAGCUUUGUUUAAGAUUAUUAUCCAUUUCCUUUUUCUGAUGAAGGUUUUUCUUAAACCCCAAAAUUUUGAAAUUUGUAGGCUAAUGUCCUCUUUUGAUAUAGCUUGUCGGAUGUAACGCAUAAGAGAAAAACAAGAAUAGACCCUUUAUUAUCUGCAGGCCAUUUUAGAAUGAGAACAGUAGAAACACAAAGAGCAGAUAAGCGUAAAUUCUAGACAGUGAAAGUGUGAUACAUGUUCUGACGUCUGGAUCCGCGUAUAUAUACAAAACAUCGAAGAUCCCUAGUCACUUCCCUACGCUUCAGUGUUCAAUGAUGAAACGAUGUCUCAAUUAACAUUCUAAUAUGACCAGACGAGUAUUUUUGUUGUUAAUUAUAACCCCUACAAUUUCUUCAAAUGUGAUCAGUGCAGUAGCUGCUUUAUUUUUCACUAAUCAUUCUGUCCAUCUGUAAACGUGAAGUGUUAUCAGGCACCUGCAUGUAAUUGGACAGUUGAAGCAGCCAAUCACACUAAGUCCCCCAGCCAAAUCCACCAAUCACAGAAUUAAUCACAAUAACCAUAGUAACAACCACUUAUCUUAAAAAAACAAUUGAGAAAUUUCCAAAGUAGGAAAAUUUCUUUUUACUUUAGACAUUGUCUCAACUGGAGAUAUUUGAGCUAAAUGUAUUUGUUGUUUACGGAAAUCGUAACGGUAAUGAUUAAGUGAUAACAGGACUUCUUGUCGUCCAAUUCUGUCGGCAAUCAUACCCGUGAUUGACAAAAUGGACUCUCCCUUCGGGGUCAUCCAAUUGUGUUUAUCACUCAUAUGAUUACAAACCGAAUUGGAUUUCACCCAGUCCUAUUACCGUUAUUUAUUGCAUGGACCAUUUUCUUAUGGCUCUUAAUGACUGGUUUUCUUAGCAUUCUAUAUUAUUUUAAAUAAUAAAAUUAAUUAAAAUAGGGGAUGGUUAAUUCUAUGGUAAAAAUUAGUAUUUCAGCUCCCUUGAGUAUCGCGUGCGUUUUUAUUUUUAUUUUUAUUAUUAUUAUUAUCAGUCAUAUCCUACUUAGCCAUGCUUUGGGAACAUGACCAGAAACUAGAAAGCAACAAAACGAUGACUAACUUGUUCCUGUAUUGCAGAAAUGUAUUUACAGAAAUAUGAUAUAUCUAUAUUCUACAACCAA